CACAUAAAAAUCUUAUUAUAAAGUUUUAUAAUAAUAAUAUGGAUCUAAAAAUUUGUACCUUGGUCGUGUGUGCGAUUAUAUUAUGUAAUAGUAAUAAUGUGCUGGGUCAGUCAUCGGCAAAUAUUAAUAAUAGUCCAGACAAUGCCGGCGCGAAUGGGACUCAACAGCAAAUAAAAUGCAAUAAAAAGACGUAUAAAGAUGUGGACGCUAUGAUCGCCCGGAUGUUGACGUUUGGCAACUCCGGUAGGAAGUUCCCCGAGGAGGCCAAGGAGGUGAACAAGUAUUGCGAGGACACCAAAAUCAUGAUCAGCAAGAUCGAGAAACUGAAUAAAGGUUGCAUGAAAGGACUGGUACGUCAGGUGCUGUCCAUAACCACCUAUUCGGCCAAAAAGACGUUCAAUCAGUUGUGUCGCCAGAAGUCCGGUCCCACGAAACGGAUGCUCGAAAUGCUGGAGUCCUCCAAAUGUCUCAAUAAAGCCAAUCAAGAGAUUCAGAAGUGUUACGACAAUACGAUCGACCACUUCGUCAGCCUUAAGACAGUGGACGAUAAGGUGAAGAUACCGAUGGCCUGUUGCGCGUACCACAAGAAAAACAACUGUAUGAGCAAACUGGCCGAUAGGGUGCCCACAUGUACCGAGAAACAGGUGGAUAUAGCGAUCCGGUUCAUUGAGUCAAUAUCGGGGUCGUCCCUAAACUUGGUUUGUGCCGACUAUUCGGACUCAUCGGACAAAUGCGAUCAAUUCAACGGAUUUAAGCCGACAUCCGAUCCCAAACUGCGGACCAAAUCGUUUUUCCUGCCAUUAAUUGAAUUGUUUGACAGCUUUGAUGAGGUGUAGGGGCCCG